GCAUUGCUAGUACACACCUUCACCACGCAAUCACCCACGAACGAAAGCUACGGGAGUGCGGAACAAUGCAGAAAGACAAAAAAUCGGCACCGCCGUCUAAGAAGCGCAAGCUCGCCGUCACAGCCCCCGAAAAUAUCAGCUUCGACCCCGCCGCACGCGAAGAAUACCUGACAGGAUUUCACAAGCGCAAGGUAGCGCGCAUAAAACAUGCCCAGGAGGAGAAUGCAAAGCGCGAGAAAGAGGAGAAACUGAGGUUUCGGAGAGAGCUGCGACAACAACGUAAAGUCGACCUAGAGAAACACGUCGAAGAAGUCAACAGACUAGUAAAGCAAGCAAAUGGCGACAUCAGCGGGCUUGCUGGGGCAUCAGACAGUGAGGACGAUGACGAGGACGAUGACGAGGAAGAGUUUACAGGAUUCCAAGAACCCGAACCGAUCAAUCAGGAAGACGAAUACAUCGACGAGGACAAGUACACGACAGUCACAAUCGAGACGGUUAGCAUAGACAGAUCUGGCUUUACGACACCGGGCGGGACCACAGAGGAAGAGAAAGAGGCCGCCGCGAAGGCAAAGGAUGGUGCCAAUGAAGAAAAGAAGAAGCGAGUAUGGACAAAGGAGUGGCCGAAGAGCGAUAAGCCAAAGAAGAAGAAAAAGAAGUUUAGGUAUGAGACCAAGAUGGAAAGGAGAGCGGAACGUGCGAAGCAAGGAGCGAAGAAAAGGAAGCAGAAGGAGGCUCGAGAGAGCAGCGCCGCCGCCACCAAGUAGGUGUGUACUCAAGAUACCCAAUCUGUGGAUUAGACCACCAAGGAAUUGAACUGCUGUCGAGCAAGCAUAGUAUUG